AAAGAAGUUAAAGAGUGCCUAAUAUAUACAUGUUUUUGGAGGUGGGCAGAAGGGGAAAAAGUACCCACAGUGAGGGUCUAUGGGUCUGACUGUGUAGUUCUGAUGGAGCCCCCUUUGAGCAAGAGGAACCUGCCAGCGCUGAGAUUAGUGGAUUUGGCAGCGGCUCAGGCCAGGCCUCUUCAGACUAUGACAGGCUUCCCGGCGCUGGCCAGCCCACCAGCCCACUCCCAACUCCGCGCCACAGCCUCGCACCUCCGCCCUCGGGACCUGGGUGCUGACCCCGGCGUGGCCAUCACUACGCUCGGACCCGAGCACAUGGCCAAGGCGAGCACGCUCGGCCUCAGCCCUCCUAAAACUUGAUUUGUUUGGCCUGGGGUGUGUGUCUUGGGGAGUGUGGGGGUGGGAAACGCAAGCCCAGCCCCUCCUCUUCCUCCCUCCCCUUCACCACCCUCCCCUCCCCCUCCUUCUCCUCCUCCUGCCCUCUCGGGCUACACCACCACCAACAGUGGCGGCGGCGGCAGCAGCGGCAAAGGCCACAGCAGGGACUUCGUCCUCCGGAGGGACCUUUCCGCCACGGCCCCCGCGGCGGCCAUGCACGGGGCCCCGCUCGGAGGGGAGCAGCGGUCCGGCACCGUCUCCCCCCAGCACCUGGCCCCGCCUCCCCACUCCGCCGGCAUGUUCAUCUCGGCCAGCGGCACCUACGCGGGCCCGGACGGGAGCGGCGGCGGGGGCCCGGCGCUCUUCCCCGCGCUGCACGACGCGCCGGGAGCUCCCGGUGGCCACCCGCACCCGCUCAACGGCCAGAUGCGCCUGGGGUUGGCGGCAGCAGCAGCAGCCGCGGCGGCUGAGCUGUACGGCCGCGCCGAGCCGCCCUUCGCGCCGCGCUCCGGGGAUGCGCACUACGGGGCGGUGGCGGCCGCUGCAGCGGCCGCCCUGCAUGGCUACGGAGCAGUGAACUUAAACCUGAAUCUGGCAGCAGCAGCUGCCGCGGCGGCGGCCGGGCCGGGACCCCACCUGCAGCACCACGCGCCGCCCCCGGCGCCGCCGCCGCCGCCGCCGGCGCCCGCGCAGCACCCGCACCAGCACCACCCCCACCUCCCAGGGGCGGCCGGGGCCUUCCUGCGCUAUAUGCGGCAGCCAAUCAAGCAGGAGCUCAUCUGCAAGUGGAUCGACCCUGAGGAGCUGGCCGGGCCACCGCCGCCGCCGCCGCCGCCGCCGCCACCGCCCCCGGCCGGCGGCGCCAAGCCCUGCUCCAAAACUUUCGGCACUAUGCACGAGCUGGUGAAUCACGUCACGGUGGAGCACGUGGGCGGCCCCGAGCAAAGCAGCCACAUCUGCUUCUGGGAGGACUGUCCACGCGAGGGCAAGCCCUUCAAGGCCAAAUACAAGCUCAUCAACCACAUCCGCGUGCACACGGGCGAGAAGCCUUUCCCCUGCCCCUUCCCGGGCUGCGGCAAGGUCUUCGCGCGCUCUGAGAACCUCAAGAUCCAUAAGCGCACUCAUACAGGCGAAAAGCCUUUCAAAUGUGAAUUUGAUGGCUGUGACAGGAAGUUUGCCAACAGCAGUGAUCGAAAGAAACAUUCCCAUGUCCACACCAGUGACAAGCCCUACUAUUGCAAGAUUCGAGGCUGUGACAAAUCCUACACUCACCCGAGCUCUCUGAGGAAGCACAUGAAGAUUCACUGCAAGUCCCCACCACCUUCUCCAGGAGCCCUUGGUUACUCAUCAGUGGGGACACCAGUGGGUGCCCCCUUGUCCCCUGUGCUGGACCCAACCAGGAGUCGCUCUAGCACUCUGUCCCCUCAGGUGACCAACCUCAAUGAGUGGUACGUUUGCCAGGCCAGUGGGGCCCCCAGCCACCUCCACACACCUUCCAGCAAUGGAACCACUUCCGAGUCUGAAGACGAGGAGAUGUAUGGGAACUCUGAAGUUGUGCGGACGAUACAUUAGAAUUUAUUCAUAAUAAUAAUAGUGGGAAUCCUUGGACCAUAUCCUAACCUGAGACAAUGCCGAGCCUGAGACAAAUCUGUGACUCAGACUUGCCACCGGGUCUAAUUAGCCCUAUUUAUUUAGUAUGAAACCCUAUGGUGUUUGUACAUUUAAUUAAUUUAAUUAAGAUAUUUGGGCUUUUUAAAAAUAGAAAACAAACAACAACAACAAGUUGGACUUAUAUACUGCAGGGGUCAGGGCUGGGAGCAAAUUGUACCAAGAAAAAAAUGGAGAGGUUAGUUAAUUGAGAUAUACACUGCGAUGCAAUAAAUAUAUAUAUUUUUAAGGGGAGAGAAAGAGCAUUAAGUCAAACUCCACACAGCAACAGGCCCUCUGCAUUUCCUAGAGUGCCUCGUGAAUGCCUUUGACACCAUAACACGGGCUUCUUCGGAGCCUCAUCACCUCCUCUUUGGGCCCUAAUUCUGCAAAAGCCUCUUGAUUGUAAACCACACACUUGCUGCAUUGCCACCACCAGAUCUUGGACUGUACCUGUGUCCAAAAAUAUUUGUGAAAACCUCUUAUGUUCUAAUGCUUGUAAUUUUUCAUUUCCACUCUUUGAUUACUGAUCUCACCUAAACAGUAUUUUUAUACAGGAUUAUUUCUUCAAUAUCCUGCUUGUAUGAUUUAAAAAAAAAAAGAUGCAGCAACCUUAGUACAUCUCCAUAUAUUGUGCUACUGUGAUUGUUCAAACAAAAGUGGAGAAAAGAAAAAACUGCUGCAAUAGACAACUGUGAAACUGUGAUAUUUUAUAAAAUAGAAGACAUUCAAGUGCUUUCUUUUUCCUGUUUUAUUUUAAAUCUGAAAUCUCAGAUGCUGCCUCUUUACUGUGUCCAAACUUCUUGUGUAAUAAAGAGAUUAUGUUUUAGAUCAUAAGUUCUUUGGUAUGCCAAAAUUACCAGGCAGGUCUAAGGAGGUGUGAUGUUGGCAACAUGCCUAUUUUUUUUUUGAAAGCUGUUGUUUUUAAAAUAGGCCAACCCCUUUUAUACUCUUGUAUCAACCUUUUAAAAAGCCUUUAUUUUUCGAUGCCUGAAAAUGCAUUUUAAUGCAUUUUCUUCCACCUGAGCACUGAGCACACUGAACUCUGUCCUAUUUGGAAAUGACAGUGUGUGAUGUAUAUGAUUUACAUUAAAAGAGGGGAGGGAAUUGCUAUACAUAUUAAAAUUUUUAAAAGGUUUAUAGUUACCAGCAAACACUGAUGAAUGUGUGACCUUUGCCAGAGCUGUCAAACUAGGAUAAAAAAGGUCAAGGACCUAGGACAAUAACUCUUAGUCAAUUUAUUUUUGGUUGGUACAACACAUCGUGUGUAAAAUGUAGUCCAUCAUAAACAUCCUACAAAUAUACUAAAGAGCACUAAUUUAUCCUCAGAGACCCUGAACACACCCCCGCCCCAGGGUUUGAAGAAAUUUGUUUCGUGUGCUGUGAGUGGUUGAUGUAGUCUUGUCAUUGUUAAUAAGUUGUAUGUGAACACUAUUAUUUGUACAGUUGAAUUAAUUUAUUUUCAGACAUCUUUUUUUUUCCUGGAAGAGUUCAAAGCACACCAAAGAAAUAUAUUAUACAUUUUGGUGAAAGGUGGUCGUUUAUGAUCCAUGGUUUAUUUAAAAAAAAAAGAAAAUGGGAAAAUAUAUUUUUAAGCUUACUUGAAUGAACAACGUAAUGUGAAAACCAGGACUCUUCCUGCAUGUUUUUUUUGCAUUGUGUUGAUGAGAUUAUAUAUAGUUUAUAGAUAUAUUACUAGUACAGUGCAUGGUGCUGUCACUUUGAAAGCCUUUCAAUGUUGUCUUCACAUUAUUACGGUGAAUAUGAAACAUGCAGACACUCCUUUAUAAAGAAAAAGACCAUAAAACUUGAAUAUAAAAUCUACAUUUGAAAGUUUAUUUGAUUUUCUUAUUCACUUUCAAAGCUCUUUCAAAUAGGCAAGAUAAGGUAUAAACUUUGGGGGGAUAAUUUAUGUAUUGUAAACUUAUUAGAACAAAGUAUUCCUGAUUUGUAAUGAGUUGUUUUAUUUAUACAACUUUUUCAAUGGUAGUUUGCACUAUUCUUUAUUAUGCUACAGGUUUAUUUAUUAUGAAACAAAGGAAUAUGUAUUUUAUGUAUUUUGCCACGCAUAGGUUAACUGCCACAAAUUUAUCGGUUCCUGAUACACCUAAAAUAAAAAACUUAAAACGUGUACCUUCGUUAGCAAGCAAGAAUGAUUAUGGAGUAAAAAAUUUAAUAAAAGUAUUCUUCCUA